CAAUCAGAGGACGCGUUGCCGCGACGUCGCAAAGGGUAAAGGUUCACAGACCGAGGAUGUAAACAGUCAACACUGGCCAGAGGACAUUUCAGGAACAUGAGACUUUUAUCCGCGGCGCUACGCAACUCUGUGUGGACGAGGGGCGGCGGCACUAGACACUUCUGGGGCUGGAUCAAUGCGGUGUUCAACAGGGUGGACUAUGAGAGGAUUAAGGCCAUCGGGCCGGACCGAGCCGCGGCCGAGUGGCUACUUCGCUGCGGGGCCAAAGUCCGGUUCCUGGGGUUUGAACGCUGGCAUCACGACUACAACGCCCUGCCAACCGGGCCGCUCGACCGUUACAAGAUCCAGGGCAUCGACGCCACCGAGUCGUGCAUCAUGUACAGGGGAUUUGAUCAUCUCGAUGGCCUGCAGCACCUGGAGGAGGUGAAGCUCAUCCGGUGCGUCUACAUCGAGGACGGCUGCCUGGAGAGGCUGAGCUCCACGGAGGUCCUGCAGAGCACCCUGAGCAGCCUGGAGGUGGUGUCCUGUGGGAACGUCUCCGACAAGGGGCUCAUCGCCCUGCACAAGCUGGGGAACCUGCAGCGGCUGGUCCUCAGUGACCUCCCGGCGGUGAAGGACCGGGACCAGACCCUGGAGAGACUGAAGACCGCCCUGCCCAAGCUGGACAUCACAGUUGACCUCUGACCUCGUUCCCGUUUAGACCAUGUGAUACGAGCCGCCCAGAGCCUGGCGCUGACUCCGCCCACUAACACCCUUACCAUACGCUGAGCAACCAAGGGCAGAAGGAAACGAAGACUAGAACAAUAAAAUCCUAAGACCUUCCAUAUAUACGCCAUUUAAAGAGCUGUAUUUUUGAGUUGUUUUUUUGGCUAUACUGGUAGGGAUCUGUUCACUACCGAGAGUGUUGGGGUUUUUGGAGGUUGUGUGACCAGCAUGACAUGAUUACGUUUUUUUGCACAUGAACGCCGUGAAGCGGCGUGUGUGGUUUUAGUUGCCAUGGAGACCAGAGUUUGUCCAAGCUGCUCUGAAAGUAUUUAAGGAUGCAUAUUUUUAGUGACGCGUUUUGAACUGCACUUUAUAGAAAGGUGGGCACCAAAGACUUUGGUAGACACAACUACUGUGGUUUUAUUAUAUUUUAAACAUACAAAGUAGUAAUAAGGUAUACAAGUGCAGUAUAUCCUCAGAUUAUAGGAGUAUAUUUAAGAAGGGUUUGUGGGGGGAAAACAGGGAUUACAGAUUAAUUUGGCAUUGGUAAAUGAUCCACAGCCAGAGGGAAAUUAGUUCUUUAGCACCAUUGACGUAUAUAUGUGAGGGUGACUGUGACAACAUGAGCAAAUUGUUUUGUGAACUGAUGAUUUGUUUUCCCUCCUGGCUGAAAAUAAAUGUUUAUUUUGAAUAAGUGGAUUUCCCACGUUUCCCC